GUUUCUCAAUUCUACUUCCGGUUCACGUCUUGACUCCGUCGUUCCAGUUGUUUGCAAAAUGGCGGCAACAGUGACUUCAAAUCCCUCACAGUUGCUUCCCCUCGAGCUGGUGGAUAAAUGUAUCGGCUCCCGGAUUCACAUCGUUAUGAAAAACGAUAAAGAGAUCGUGGGAACAUUGCUGGGGUUCGAUGAUUUUGUCAACAUGGUGCUUGAGGAUGUCACAGAGUUCGAGAUCACACCUGAAGGACGACGGAUAACGAAGCUGGAUCAGAUUCUCCUCAAUGGAAACAACAUCACCAUGUUAAUCCCCGGAGGAGAAGGACCAGAAGUCUGAACUGAUCUAUAUCAGCUUUCAUUUUUAUUUUUUAUUUUUUUUCAGAAAUGUCUUGUGUUUGAGUGAUGUAUUAUUUUUAUAUAUCUGUAAAACGUUCUGAGUUAAUGUGAUGUCUGAUUGUGUAUCAGAAUGAAAAGUUGAUUUAGCCAUGCAAACAUUACACAGUGAGGGCUUUUUUUUCUUGUUAUUAAUAAAUAAAGAACAAAGGCUUAUAUAGAGAGAGUCUAAACUUUCUUCAAAAUUUCAGUUUGAGGGUUUUAUUUGUAUCAGUAUUAGUGUAAUAGACACCAACAUUUAUUUUUUUUUAAAUCUGUUAUUGUACUCUGAGUAUGGGGAAAUAAGGAAUUUUAAGCAGACUGUCACAGGACAGACAAGUCUGAAAUGUUGUCUGUCGGUCCAAACUUCAGCCUGUCCGAAUGACGAGCCAAAGGCCUAGAACAAUGCGGCUGGGGGUCCAGGCCCUGCCUUAGGGCCCCGGAAGCUGAACGGCUUUAGAUGCCUGGAAAUGGCUUCUUGGCUAUUUCCAGGCACAUUUUUUUGUGAUCUUCAAAGGCCAAAUUACACUCAACAUUAGUUGCUAAUUACACUACAAAUUGACUAUAAUUUACAAGAAAAUGUCAGAAGAGUUGAGAAAAACAUGCUUAAAGUUAUACCCAAGAAAACAGUAGCACAUGAUCAGUUCCACGUCUAAAAAAAAAAAAGUAUGGGGGGCAAGGAUGUUCCAGUUGGUUACAACUUACUGGUAACUCAUAUACUGUAGGCACUAUAAUAACGCUCGUGAAACAGUGUCAACAAUGACUUUUUUUAAAUACUAUGUUUAUAAUGAGUCUAUAAGAAAUGGAGUAAUUAACAAUACAACUAUUCUUACAUAAUAGUUAAACUUUUGAGAAUGAGAUUCCAAGUAAAUUUGUAACAAAGUGACUGAAAACUAGACGUAUCAUUUGGCAUUCAGGCUAAAAUCUGCUGGACUUAGAACUUAGUUUUUAUUUUCUUCUAUUUUCUAUUACAAUAUAAAUUACAUCUUACAAAGCAUAUGACUGAUUGAUUGUCAUUCUUAUUAUGAAUUAAGAAAUGCCCAUAAUAACCAUUGAUUGGCAGUUUAGCACUUAACAUAAUACUGUACUGCAAAGUUUCAUGUAAACUGAACUCUUAAUAAACUGACUGGAUCAAUCAGAUACUGUCAACCCUAAAACACUCAUUCAACUACAUCGUGCAAUAAAAACAACAGUGAAUACUGACUGUAUUAUUAUUGUCUUAUUUAGUGUGCUACUUGGGGAGAGGGAGGUGCCUGUAAAUUUUGGUGGGGCUGGGACCUUCAGUGGCAGAGUUAUGAAUUUUUAAAGGCUGGCUCGAGCCAGGGCUCAUAUUAAAGUUUUUGGUGAGCAGUGCUCGCGCGGGGGUUUCAGGGACAAAUAAUGGGCCAUGCCUGUGCUGGUUCGAAAGGUCUCUGGGAGAGGGACGUGCCUUUAAAUUUUGGCAGGGCUAGGACCUUUGGUGGCUGAGUUAUGAACUUUUUAAGUCGUGCCCGCAAGGGCCCCCGGUUUCACAGGCUGUGCUCCGAAAUAAUGUAUUCGCCCAGUGUAACAUUUGGAAGAAAUUUAGAAGUAGAUUAGACCCAUAUCUUCACAAUCUUUCACAGGCAAUCCAGUACGAUGCUUUUGAAAUACAAAUGGACAAAUGCAAAAAUUACUGGUAAAUGGUCUGGCCUUAUUUCCCAACACUCUAUGCUUCUUGUGGUCAUCUAUUUAAAGGUGCUGACUGCAAAGUCAUCUGAAGUCUUGUUAGUUUUUUUAUUGUCAUGGUAUUUUCUGAUGUCCCACAAGAACAAUAUUUUGAUAUGCUGAGGGUCGCUUUUCUCUGUUUUGGGACUAUUUUCCUCCCUCUUGAGGUAAACAGUAUGGCCCCAUGGAAACAGCGGAACGUGAGGAGCUUUAACUAAUUAGCAUAACUAUGGAACUGCGUCACACCAAGAUGGCGAUGCGUGGAAAACAUUGUGACUCUGCAUCAACCUCGGAGAGUUUUGAGUCGCAGGGACGUAAUUUGUGGUUGACAUUCGUGAAUAGUUCCGUGAAACAAAAGACGAAUAUAUCUUUUCUCUGUUCCUGCUUUUGUGUUCUUGUUUCUUUCUCUGUAAGAUCAAAACAUUAGGUGUAUAACUCCAUACUUGCUACUGUGGAGUCCAGCAUAUGCAUUCUAAGGCUAAGAUAGCUAAGCGCUAGCUAGAAUGAUUUAGUUAUCUGUCCAGAAAAAUGACAUAUCAUCUAAUCUUGCUCUAGCUUGCAGUUGCACUCACUAGGCAGGCUUUCCUUUUCUUUUCCGCUGGCUGUUAGCUGGUGGGAGAGCGGUCUUCAGAAUCGUAAAAUGCAGGAUGCGUUUUGUCUUGGCAAAACGUUUUACACAGGAUACACGGUGUGUGCAGCAGUGCAACAUCUCGGAACUCCAACAGCAAUAGGAAUAGAACAUUUUACCCAGAAUUUAACUUUGCAGUCAGAAUCUUUUUAAGUACUCUACUAUGAACCUUUCUAAAUACUCUCUACAUGCCCACCCCUCAGGGUGUCUUGCUCUUCAGUAGCAGUAGUUCAAUUUUUGGCUGUAGGUCUUCAAAAACCAUGCAGAAAAAGUUCUAAAGCAGUCUUUUACUCUCAGCAAGAAAGAUUUCCUGGAAAUUGAAUUCUGUGUAAUAAAAGAUAUUUGCAUAUUGAAA